AAUACGGAGAAGCACUAUACGGUAGAAACGUUAGACAAGCGUUGGAAGGUGAAUUUCCUAGUGUUGUUUGUAUUGUAAGAUUGAGUAAUUUCCAUAAUUUUUUUGGAAAUGAUAUAAAAUGUACUGGAACAUUGAUUACACAUGAUCAUAUUUUGACAUCUGCUCAUUGUUUCGAAAAUAUGGGAAUACACAGUAUUCACGCACUUGUUGGAUCAAUAGAUUUAAGGCAGGCUACACGAUAUCAUAUAUAUUGGUGGAUAACUUAUAAUCUGUGGGCUGCGUCACAAAACAGAGAACUUGAAUUCGACACUAAUGACAUUGCUAUAAUAAAAUUACUUACACAAGUUAAUGAAACAAUCAUCCCAGCACUUGUUUCAUUUGACGACAAUAGCAAUUUAGUUGGUUUAGAUGCUGUCAUUGCAGGAUGGGGUAAAUUAACAGAUGGCUUAAACCCAAAUAUUUUACAUACAGUUAAUGUGAGAAUUAUAUCACGAGACGACUGCGAAACUAUAGCUUAUCGAGUUGUACAACGCUAUGUUUAUAUUAGCGAAAGAUAUCUUUGUACCUUGGCUGAACCAUAUGCUCUUAUAAACUCUGGUGACAGUGGUGGUCCACUUAUUUUUGGGAGUUUUAUUUUAGGUGUUAACCAAGGAACAUGCCCCAGAACAGGUACUAUAAUUGAUAUACGAAAAGCCAAUCUUCAUUGUGGUGUUGAUUAUUACAGAAUGUUUAUUAAUGAUUUGAUGCAAGUUUAA